AUGGAUUUUCGCAUUGGGAGUACAUACUCAGGUGCAGUAUUCACUCUACCCCUGAGUAAAGAAAACGACCAGACCGCACUUCACUCGCUCCCUGUUUUUUCCAUCUUCCCUUCUAAAAUUGCCACUGGCUCAGCUACCUCAGAGGCUCAGACCGAUCCGCUCCGCCAGUCCAGCUCCGGGCAACGCAUCUCGACGGCGGCGGUGCCCAAGGUUGUGGCCGUGAUGCUUCCGAGGCGUCUUCUCGUCGCCGGCCUCCUGCGCUCGACCUCCACUUCUUCCCCCGCUUACCCAAGGCCAGAGAAUGUAAGAGAAAGGUUCCUUUCAGGUUCAUGUUAUUCUGACAGCACCAGGCAUCGAGGAGCAGGGUCAACAGCCAAGAUGCUGGAUCCCUUUGCACUGGUUAAAGAUGAAGUGUCCGAAGUCUCAAACAGACUGCGUUCGAUGGUGGCAGCUGAGGUACCUGAACUGACAUCAGCAGCUGGAUACUUCUUCAGAGCUGGAGCUGAAGGGAAAACAACAUGCCCCACUGUUCUACUAUUGAUGGCCUCAGCUAUACGAACAGACACUCCUGUCUCGACUAUUGGUUCGAUGAACGAACUUCGUGCAAAACCUAUGUGCAUUGCUGAGAUAACUGAAAUGAUUCAUGUAGCAAGUCUUAUCCAUGAUGAUGUUCUGGAUCUUGCUGAUACCAGACGUGGUAUGGACUCCCUGAACUCUGCAGUGGGAAACAAGCUUGCGAUAUUGGCUGGUGAUUUCCUACUUUUCAGGGCAUUUUCUGCUGCCGGGUCUCUUGACAAUGCUGAGGUUGUAUCGUUACUAGCAACAGCUCUAAACAACCUUGUGACGGGUGAGCUGAUGCAGAUGAACGUAACUCCAGCACAACGCUGCAGCAUGGAUUACUAUUUGCAGAAGACAUACUACAAGACAGCUGCACUGAUUUCAAAUAGCUGCAAAGCUGUUGCGGUUCUUGCUGGCCAAACAGCAGAUGUUGCUGCCCUUGCUUAUCAGUAUGGCAGGCACUUGGGUAUAGCAUAUCAGCUGAUCGACGACAUCCUUGAUUUCACGGGCACAUCCGCGUCACUAGGCAAAGGCUCCUUGUCUGAUAUCCAUCAGGGAAUCGUGACCGCUCCUGUGUUGUUCGCAAUGGAAGAGUUCCCUGAGCUACGUGAGAGUGUAGAGCGUGGAUUCCAUGACCCUUCAGACGUUGCUACUGCCCUUGAAUACCUUGCGAAAAGCGAGGGAAUCGAGAGGACAAGGUUGCUUGCUACUGAACAUGCAAAACUGGCAGCGCGUGCAAUCGAUGCUCUUCCUGAGGUUGGGGAUAGAGUUGCGCUGAUCUCGAGGCAAGCACUCAAAGACCUUGCUCAGAAGCUCAUCAGGAGAACAAAGUGAAACGAGAAUAUGCGAUACAUUGUUUGAGGAAGAAAGCUAUUCCAUCUGCGGCACAUUGAGUUGAGGGCUUCUGAAGUUUUUUUUGAAACUGUUAACAAAAAAAUAGUAGCUGUGGGUACUGUUAUGACAUGAACACAUCCAAUUUUCACCCAAAAGCAUCACAAGUUAUGCCUUUUUUAUUUGACAAACAGUCAAACUGUAGCAUGUCCACCCCCCACAAAAUGUGCAAUACUUCUAUUUAACAUUAGAGUGCAAAACUGUUAGAAAAGAACUCAUAGAUCUACAUCGGAAUAUUGCUCGAAGCAGUGACCGGAAGCAGCACUGCAAGUAGCCAUAGCCAGAUAGAGAGUGAACUUGUGUAGGACGGGCUACUUGUAGUCCG